AUGCAUCUAUCCAACACGCCCCUGAUGUCGGCCGCGUCCAAGCUGGCCGGAAAAUUGCGCCUGCCCUGCAUCGGCGCGCCGCUCUUCAUCGUCUCCACGCCGGACCUCGUCAUCGCGCAGUGCAAGGCGGGCAUCGUCGGCUCCUUCCCGGCGCUCAACGCCCGCCCAAAGGACAAGCUCGAUGAGUGGCUGGUCCGGAUCAAGUCGGAGCUCGCGGAGCACGACGCCGCCCACCCCGACUCGCCGGCCGCGCCCUUCGCCGUCAACCAGAUUGUCCACCGCUCCAACGACCGGCUGAUGCACGACCUCGAGGCGUGCGUGCCGCUGGUGAUCACCUCGCUGGGCGCGCGCGAGGACGUCAACCAGGCGAUCCACUCGUACGGCGGCCUCGUCUUCCACGACGUCAUAAACAACCAUUUUGCGAAGAAGGCGAUCCGGGAGUGGUUCGACGGGCCGCUCUGCCUCUCUGGCUCCAUCGCGACGGGGAGCGGCGUGCUGGCCGCGCAGGCGCUGGGCGCCGACUUUGCGUACAUGGGCUCCGCCUUCAUCGCGUCGGCCGAGGCGAACGCGCAGGACGCGUACAAGCAGUCGAUCGUCGAGUCGGUCGCGGCGGACAUCGUCUACUCGUCGCUCUUCACGGGCGUGCACGGAAACUACCUGCGCCCGUCCAUCAUGGCGGCCGGCCUCGACCCCGACAACCUCCCCGAGGGCGACGUCACGCAGAUGGACUUUGGCUCCGGAGGCAACACCGACGCCAAGGCGUGGAAGGACAUCUGGGGCUGCGGGCAGGGCAUCGGCGCCAUCAAAGAGGUGAGCACGGCGGGCGAGAUCGUCGAGCGCCUCAAGGGCGAGUACGCGGCCGCCGUGGCGGAGAGCAGGGCGGCGACGGGCAGGUUCGUCCCCUGACUCGCGAAGCGCCACUCGGGCCCCAGUCUCUGUUCAGCGCGCGCACAGACGCUCUCCUGUCAGUCCAGUCAGUGUAUCUCCCCCUCUUGACUCUCGUCUGGGUCUCGGUUAUUUUGUGAAGCGUGUUCUUGUACGCGUCCAGAGUGUCUGUCUCGCCUCGGAUGUUGCGGGUAUUUAUCUGUGUACUGUGACGCUGU